GAGACUCGACCAGCAACAACACCCCCGUCGACAAUCCAUAGUGAGACUUGAUCUCCGUCCGGCACAAUGGCGAUCAAGCACAACAACGUUAUCCCCAACACUCACUUCCACAAGGACUGGCAACGUCGUGUCCGCGUGCACUUUGACCAGCCCGGACGCAAGCACCGUCGUCGUCAAGCCCGUUUGUCCAAGGCUGCUGCUGUUGCUCCUCGUCCCGUCGACAAGCUCCGCCCUGUUGUGCGAUGCCCUACCAUCAAAUACAACCGCCGCUCUAGGGCCGGACGCGGUUUCACCCUCCAGGAGUUGAAGGAAGCCGGUAUCCCCCGCAAGCUCGCACCCACAAUUGGCAUCUCCGUGGACCACCGCCGCAAGAACGUCUCUCAAGAAUCCCUUGCCGCCAACGUCGCACGUCUCCAGGAGUACAAGAGCCGCUUGAUCCUCUUUCCCCGCAAGAGCGGUCAAUACAAGAAACUCGACUCCUCCGCUGAGGACGUCGCAGCCGCCACCAAAGCGUUCAGUGCCGACGGCAAGGUCGAAGGAUACACCACCCGUGUCUCAUCCGCUCUCCCAGUCAAGAACAUCUCUGCCGCCGAGGCCGUUACCGAGAUCAGCCGUUCUGAUCUUCCCGAAGGUGAGAAGGCGGCUUAUCGCCGGUUGCGUGAGGCUCGUGCCGAGGCUCGGUACCGUGGUGCCCGUGAGAAGAGAGCCAAGGAUAAGGCUGAGGCUGAAGAAGCUUCUAAGAAAUAGAUAUCAGGGAAAUGAUGUUUUUGCUUCUUCUUCCACACAAAAAUUCUCAAAUAUGAUAAUGAUAUCCUUUUUCAAAAAUCUUAUCCUCUUCCUUAUGUCAUUAGCAUGCCUAUGGAGAGACGGAACACAUCAAUUCGAGGUCUCAGGGGAGAUCAUGAAUGUCACCUCGGGUAAAGAAAGUGCUGGGUCGAUUUUCAAUCAUUAG